CGCACCCACGGGGGUAACUCACCAGGUCUGUGACAAGCAGGGGAACGAAGCGACGACGGCGCAGCCCGGCCCCGGCGGACGGACGCUGGCGACUCCGACAUGGACAGUAGCUGCCACAACGCGACUGCCAAAAUGUUAGCGACGGCGCCGGCCCGGGGCAACGUGAUGAGCGCCUCCAAGCCCUUGGCUUUCUCCAUCGAGCGAAUCAUGGCGCGCACCCCCGAGCCCAAGGCCCUGCCCGUCCCCCACUUCCUGCAGGGAGCGGUGCCCAAAGGGGACCCCAAGCAUGCUCUUCAUCUUAACUCGUCGAUCCCCUGCAUGAUCCCCUUCGUGCCUGUGGCGUACGACACGAGCCCCAAGGCUGGGAUGACCGGCUCGGAGCCGCGGAAGGCGAGUCUGGAGGCUCCCGCGGUGCCCGCAGCGGCGUCUGGGGCGCCCGCCUUCAGCUGCAGCGACCUGCUCAACUGCGCGCUGAGCCUCAAGGGCGACCUGGCCCGCGACGCGCUGCCCCUGCAGCAGUACAAGCUGGUAAGGCCGCGUGUGGUCAACCACUCUUCCUUCCACGCCAUGGGAGCUCUGUGCUACCUGAAUCGAGGUGAUGGCCCGUGCCACCCGGCGGCCGGCGUCAACAUCCACCCGGUAGCCUCCUAUUUCCUCAGUUCCCCUCUGCACCCGCAGCCAAAAACGUAUUUAGCCGAAAGGAAUAAAUUGGUGGUCCCGGCGGUGGAGAAGUACCCCUCGGGAGUAGCUUUCAAAGACUUGUCCCAGGCUCAGCUGCAGCAUUACAUGAAAGAAAGCGCCCAGCUUCUGUCAGAAAAAAUCGCGUUCAAAACCUCUGACUUCAGUCGAGGCUCUCCUAAUACCAAACCCAAAGUUUUCACUUGCGAAGUGUGUGGAAAGGUCUUUAACGCACACUAUAACUUAACUCGUCACAUGCCGGUGCACACAGGAGCCAGACCCUUCGUUUGCAAAGUGUGUGGAAAGGGCUUCCGUCAAGCCAGCACCCUGUGCAGGCACAAGAUCAUUCACACCCAGGAAAAACCUCACAAAUGUAACCAGUGUGGCAAAGCAUUUAAUAGAAGUUCCACUUUAAACACGCAUACCCGAAUACACGCAGGCUACAAACCGUUUGUGUGUGAAUUCUGUGGCAAAGGAUUUCAUCAAAAAGGGAAUUACAAAAACCACAAGUUGACCCACAGCGGGGAGAAGCAGUUCAAGUGCAAUAUCUGCAACAAGGCUUUCCACCAGGUUUACAACCUCACCUUCCACAUGCACACCCACAAUGACAAGAAGCCCUUCACCUGUCCCACGUGUGGCAAGGGCUUCUGCAGGAACUUUGACCUCAAGAAGCACGUCCGCAAGCUGCAUGACAGCAGCCUGGGGCUGGCCCGCACGUCCGCUGGGCAGCCCGGCUCGGACCCGGCGCCCCCUCUACAGCAGCCACCGUCAGCUCCCCUCCCGCCUCUGCCACCACCCCUACCGCCCUCUGGGCCCCUGCAGCCUGGGCUCCACCAGGGUCACCAGUGAUUAAGGCCAAAGUCCUUUCCCGGCCCCAGCUGGGGUCCCACUACUGAGGCAGUGGCAGACUAGAGCUGGACCUCCUGGUACAAGCUCCUCUGCAGAACAGAGGGCGUGUUGGGCCCCACACUUUAGCGCUGCCCAGAAGCCUCUGCAUUCCCUGGCUUUUUGCCUCUUGCAUGCACCUGCUGAAUGGUUUUGUGUAUUAUAUUCUAUAUAGGCACUAACAAUUAUGAGAAAUUGGGGGGGUGUUUGUUUUCUGAUUACUUUUUAAACUUUGGAGAGACUUUUCAUCUCGGGUGGAGAGAUGGUGUUUGUUUUGUUUUGUUUUUAAAAACAAAUUUCUGCUGUAUUUAUUGAGAUCUGUAUUAUCCUACCCGGGAAUGCUGCACCAUUUUAAUUUUAUUAUUGUAUAUAUUUCCAUUGUGUUGAUUCUGCGAUCUCAAGAUGCCUGCCGAUUGUUUAUUAUCACUUCCUCCUUCCCCGAGGUAACAAAACAUUGUGUGUAUGUUAUAUAUACACGCAGAGAUGUGUGUGCCUGUAAAGGCACAUUCCACAUUUGUGAGCACACACACACAUAUGAAUUAGAUAAGGGUGAUUCAGUAUGGAUGAAUUUAAAUUUUGGUUUUGAUUCUUGCACGUGAAAACUGAUUCAUGGACUGUUGGAAAUAAAUAUUUGGAA